AUGCUUUUUUACAGACUUCUCUUCCUCGCGGCGUCUUUGACAGGCAGCGCAUCGGCGCAAGCGUUGGACAGCUAUGGGUUAUCGUACGCCCUCAGAUCGGAACUUUCAGAGGAUGCGAUAUUGGUGGCCAACAACGGAAUACACGUGCCGUUCGGGAGGUCAGUCUAUAUUGAUCCGAUAAACGAUUUAGUUAUCCAAGUCCAGCCGGGAGACAGAUGCAGCAUAACCGUUCUUGACAACGACCCGCUGUCACAGAGACCGGGGUUGCUUUCUCCCAAAAAGUUUCCCUGCGAUUUCGGUCCCAACGACGUGAAGUAUUCACAUUUCGGCGCGAGGAGCCCUUCAAAAGACAGAGUGAAGUUGCAACUCAGGUAUGACACUCAAACCGACACGGUCAUUAUUCCUUUCAUGAUAGAAGUCGAAGUUGUUUUCACACAGUUGGAGGUGUUAACUAAAAAUAUGCCACUCACGGUGGAAAAACUGCUGGGCAAUAGUAAUCCUAUUGACAAAAAGAUUUUGGAGUUCACCUUCGACAGAAAUUCACAGCAGUGCAAGGUAACAUCUUUGGCCAGUGGCAGUUUAUUGCCAAGAUACGGAAGGCUCAUUGAUGAAGCCAGACUGGGAAAAUCAAUAGAUUGCGACGAGUUCCUGAAGUCAGGUUUUCGCUACCAGCACACGUUCACCCUCAAGUCUCCGAACAGGGAUUAUGUUCCGAUGAUUGUGGAAUUACAGGACAAGGAGGGCAACCUGCUCAAACACGAGCUUUUCCAGAUCAUGGUGCGGAUCAGGGAAGGCGAGGAGAACACGGCCCCUAAGCCGAGUUUUGUGGCAAUGAUGAUGGUGGAGGUCGACCAGUUUGUCAUGACCGCCAUAACUCCUGACAUGCUGGGGGCGGAGGACACGGAGUCAGACCCUGACGAUUUAAUCUUCAACAUCACCUCCCCCCUGUCCUUCGAGGAGGGGUACAUCGUGAGCACUGACGACAAGAAUCUGCCCAUCACGUCCUUUUAUCAGGGGGACCUGAAGGAUCUGAAAAUAGCCUACAAGCCCCCCUCCGAGGACUCGGACGCCGAGAGGAUUUUCCAGAUCGAGUUCGAGGUGGUGGACAUGGACGGCGCCGUCUCCGACCCGUUCGCCUUCAUGAUCGUGGUGAAGCCCAUGAACUCGCUGGCCCCCGUCGUGACCCGGAACACGGGGCAGCUGCUGUACGAGGGCCAGUCCAGGCCCCUGUUCAGCGGAAACAACCUGCAGAUCGGCGACGAGGACAACCUGGGCGACGUCCGGCUGGCGGUGAUCGACGGCCUCCGGCACGGCGAGCUCACGGUCCUGGGCUCCGGGCGGAAGUUCUUCACCACCGCCGACCUGGACGCCGGCGUCGUCAUCUACCAGCACGACGGCAGCGACACCUACAGCGACAACAUCGUCUUCCGCAUGACGGACGGCAAGAACGAGGUGGAGUUCCUGUUCCCCAUCACCGUGGUGCCCACCGACGACGAGCCUCCCAUCAUAAACGCCAACACCGGGCUGGUCUUGUUCAAGAACCAGAUGAUCCCCGUUUCGCCCCUGAUGCUCAGCGCCGCCGACAUCGACUCGGAAGACUCCACCAUUAAGUUCACGGUCGAGCCGCCGCUUUCCGCCAUCGGGGAGGUCCUGCUGCGGCAGUCUGAGGCCCCGGAGGACCCCUCCUCGUGGAAGUUCGACACCAACGAUCAGAUGUAUGAGAAGGUAGUGACGGAGUGGCUCCAGCAGGACAUCACGGACAGGAAGCUGUUUUACCGCCACACAGGGCCCCACAUCACUGACGUCGUGACGGACCAGUUCGCGUUCCGGGUUCAGGACGACAACGACCCGCCCAACCAAUCGGAGGAAAGCGUCUUUGUCGUCAAGGUGCUCCCCAUCGACGACGUUCCGCCCGAGCUCUUCCCCGGCACCACGCUGCACAUGGCGGUGCACGAGUACCAGCUGACGCACUUCCGCAAACACUUCCUGCGCUACACCGACCUCGACUCGGAGGACCGCGACCUGAAGUACACCGUCAUCCGGCCGCCGACCGACACGGACGAGAACAGCCCCGUCGUGCUCGGCUCGAUCGUUCUGACGGAAAGCCCCGACACCGAGGUCGCCGAGUUCACCCAAGCGCAAGUCAACCAUCACAAAAUCGCGUACAGUCCGCCCGACCUGGAGUUGGGCAUCACCGCCCACGUGGUGCAAUUUCGCUACACCGUCGAGGACAACGCCGGAAACAGCGUGGAGGGCACCUUCACCAUAUUCCUGAAACCGGUGGACAACAAACCCCCGCAGAUUACCAACACUGGCUUCACCGUUUUUGAACGGGGGUCUCACAUCAUGACGAGUUCAGAACUGGACACCACUGACCCCGACACUGACAGCGCACAGAUUUCCUUCGCUCUGAGCCAGCUUCCGCUUCACGGGCAGGUCCAAUACUCCUUCGCCGACCUGACCAAAGGGGACACGUUCAACCUGGACGACAUCGCCAGCGGUAAGAUCUCCUACAUGCAUGACGGGGGUGAAUCCACCGGCGACGCCUUCCUGUUGGACGUCAGCGACGGCGUCCAUGUCGUGACGGUCACGGUCAAGGUCGCCGUGAAGCCGGUGGACGACGAGACGCCGACCAUCAGCCUGCCACCCGGCACCAUCGGGUCGCACAUCGACGUCCUGGAAAACGCCGCGACCGAGAUCACCCCCAGCGUCCUCCAAGGCAAGGACGAGGACACGGACGACCUCAUGCUGACCUUCAUCGUUGAAGAUCCCCCGGUCAUGGGGGAGAUCCUGGUGAAUGGUGUGCCCUCCGAUAGGUUUACCCAAGGUGACAUCAUCAACGGGCUGGUAGUGUACGCCCACACAAGCGGGGAGAUCGGCUUAGCCACGAAGCUGGACUACUUCAACCUGACUCUCACAGACAUGUCUGACGAGUGGACUGUCGGCGGAAACAAAGUGAAGGGUGUCCGCGUUGAAGUCACGGUCCUCCCCGUCGAUAGUCAAGCCCCAGUGGUGACUGUGGGCCCUCAGUUUGUGGUCGUGGAAGGGGAGAAGAACGUUAUCGAUAUCAGCCGCAUAAGUGCGGAGGACUUGGACACACCCAAUGACGAUAUCCUGUGCACGAUCAUCGUACAGCCCAGCUCCGGGUACGUGGAGAACAGCUCUCCCGCCCCCGGCUCAGAGAAGUCACGCUCGGGGACAGCGAUCAGUGCUUUCACCAUUAAGGACAUCAGAGACAGUCACAUAAAUUACGUGCAGAGCAUCCACAAAGGGGUGGAGCCGGUGGAGGACAGGCUCACGUUCAGGUGCUCUGACGGCAUCAACUUCUCCGAGAAGCACUUCUUCCCCAUUGUAAUCCGUCCUGCCAACGACGAAAAGCCUGAGAUCUUCAUCAGGGAGUUUGUGGUGAUGGAAGGAAUGAACGUUGUCAUCGACACGCCGAUUUUGAACGGCGCAGAUGCGGACAUCCCUUCCGACGAGCUGACGUUUAUCAUCACCAAGCUGCCCAAACACGGUUACAUCCUAAACCAGUUAACCACGGGCUCGGUUCCAGUGAAUAAUUUCACCCUUGAUCAGAUCAAAGAGGCUUCCAGCAUCGUCUACGAGCAUGACGACUCAGAGACGACAGAAGACAGCUUUGACGUUAUUCUCACUGAUGGAAAAUUUACUGCAGAGGAAACCAUCAUCAUCAUGAUAAUCCCAGUUGACGAUGAAACUCCAAGGAUGGCUAUCAACGAUGGUCUGGAAAUUGAGAUUGGUGAGACAAAGACUAUAAGUGGAAAGGUCCUAAAAGCCACUGACUUAGACUCAGAGGAUGACCAGCUAACUUACAUAAUUAGAUAUGGGCCCAGUCAGGGCCUCCUGCAAAGGAAGACACCGUCGGGGCUGGUGGAAAACAUCACCGUGGGCAUGAAUUUCACACAGAGCCAAGUGAACGAGGACCUCAUCGCCUACAUUCACAGCGGACAGGAGGGCAUCCGCGACCUGGUGAAGUUCGACAUCACUGACGGCAGCAACCCCCUCAUUGACAGGUACUUCUACAUCACCGUGGGCGGCAUCGACAUGGUGUUCCCCGAUGUGGUCAGCAAAGGGGUCUCUCUCAAAGAGGGCGGGAGGGUGACCCUCACCACUGACCUGCUUAGCACCACUGACCUAAACAGCCCGGACGAGAACCUGGUCUUCACCAUCACCAGGGCCCCUGUGAGGGGCCAUCUGGAGUGCACGGACACGCCCGGGAUGCCCAUUGUGUCCUUCACCCAGAUGCAGCUGGCCGGGAGCAAAAUCUACUACAUCCACACCUCCGACGACGAGGUGAAGAUGGACAGCUUCGAGUUUGAGGUCACCGACGGCUACAACCCGGUUUUCCGCACCUUCCGGGUGUCCAUCGUCGACGUCGACAACAAGAAGCCCGUGGUCACGGUCCACGGCCUGGUGGUGACCGAGGGGCAGAACAAGCUGAUCACGCCCUUCGAGCUGACGGCGGAGGACCAGGACUCCGCCGACCGCCUGCUGAAGUUCACCGUCACGCAGGUGCCCGUCCACGGCCGCCUCCUCUUCAACGGCAGCCGGCCCGUGGCCUCCUUCACCAAGCAGGACCUGGACGACAACAUGAUCAGCUACAAGCACGACGGCACCGAGUCCACCCAGGACAGCUUCUCCUUCACCGUCACCGACGGCACGCACACCGACUUCUACGUGUUCCCCGACACCGUGUUCGAGACGCGCCAGCCGCAGAUGAUGAAGAUCACCGUCGUCUCCGUCGACAACGGCGUCCCGCAGAUCGUGGUCAACAAGGGCGCCCCGACCCUGAGGGGCCUGCCGACGGGCGACCUGGGGUACAUGAUCACCAGCAAGGCGCUGAAGGCGGAGGACAGGGACAGCACCCAAGUCUCCCUCGUCUUCAGGAUAACGCUGGAGCCCGAGCACGGCUACCUCAUCAACCUGGGCAAAGGAAAUAACAGCGUCAACACUUUCUCCCAAGCUGACAUUGAUGAUAUGAAGAUCUGCUACGUGCUGGACAACGGGGACAAUGCCACCAUGGAUGUGUUUCAGUUUUCUGUCGAGGACAACGGAGGCAACAAGCUGAAGAACCAGGUGUUCCGGCUGAACUGGGCCUGGGUGUCCUUGGAGAGGGAGUACUACGUCGUGGACGAAGACGCCAAGUUUCUGGAGGUGGUGCUGAAACGCCGGGGUUACCUGGGAGAGACCUCCUUCGUCAGCAUCGGCACCAAGGACGGCUCGGCGGAGAAGGAGAAGGACUUCCGGGGGAAGUCGCAGAAGCAGGUGCAGUUUAACCCGGGACAGACGUCGGCCUCCUGGAGGGUGCGCGUCCUGACGGACGGGAAGUACGAGAUGUCCGAGACCUUCCAGAUCCUUCUGAGCGAGCCCGUCAUGGGGGCGCUGGAGUUCCCCUCCUCAGCCACCGUGGAGAUCCAGGACCCGGGAGACGAGUCCACAGUCUUCAUCCCCCUGUCCACCUACUCCAUCGAGGAGGACGUGGGCGAGCUGAUGAUCCCCGUCCGCAGGAGCGGCGACGUCAGCCAGGAGCUCAUGGUCAUCUGCUUCACCCAGCAAGGCUCUGCCACGGGCACCGUCCCCAGCGCGGUGCUGUCCUACUCGGACUACAUCUCCCGGCCGGAGGAGCACGGCAGCGUCCUGCGGUUCGACGCGGGCGAGCGCGAGAAGGCCUGCCGCGUGGUCGUCAUCGACGACUCGCUGUACGAGGCCGAGGAGAGCUUCAACGUCACCCUCAGCCUGCCCGUGGGGGGGCGCCUGGGCCCUGAGUUCCCCUCCGCCCGCAUCACCAUCCUCCCCGAUCUGGACGACGCCCCGGUUUUCUACUUCGGGGAGAUGGACUACCACGUGGACGAAAGCGCCGGCUUCGUGGAGGUGCGGGUGUGGAGGACCGGGACGGACCUCUCCAAGACGGCCACCGUCACCGUGCGCUCCCGCAAGACCGACCCCGUCUCCGCCGAAGCUGGCCUGGACUACGUGGGGAUCAGCCGGAACCUGGACUUCGCCCCCGGGGUGACCAUGCAGACCGUGCGUGUGACCGUGCUGGACGACCUGGGCCAGCCCGUGCUGGAGGGCACGGAGAGGUUCGAGCUGGUGCUCCGCAUGCCCGUCAACGGCAUUGUGGGAGAGCCGGGCAAGGCCACCGUCUACAUCAACGACUCCGUCUCAGACUUGCCGAAGGUGCAGUUCCGGGAGGCGGCGUACGCGGUGAGGGAGGACGAGGGCCGGGUGACGGCGCUGGUGUUCCGCAGCGGAGACGUGAGCUACAGGUCCACGGCCCGCUGCUACACCCGUCAGGGCUCCGCCCAGGUCACCGCCGACUUCCAGGAGCGGCCCAACACCGACGCCUCCGUCCUCACCUUCCUCCCAGGCGAGGUGGAGAAGCCGUGCGUGCUGGUCCUGACGGACGACACGGUGUACGAGGAGGAGGAGGAGCUGAGGCUGGUGCUGGGGAACCCCAGAAGCGCCUCGCCGUUCGGGGCGUCCGUGGGAGCCCGGGGCGAGACGGUGAUCAGGAUCCGGGACGAGGCGGACAAGCCCAUAAUCAAAUUUGGGGAGACCAAGUUCAGCGUGAGCGAGCCCAAAGAGAGCGGCCAGGUUUCCAUGGUGAAGAUCCCGGUCCUCCGCGUGGGCGACGCCUCCCAGGUUUCGGUGGUGCGUGUGCACACCAAGGACGGCUCGGCCACCUCCGGGGAGGACUACCACCCCGUGUCCGAGGACGUUGUGUUCAGGGCUGGGGAGACGCAGCACACGGUGGAGGUGGAGGUUCUGUACGACGGGGUGCGGGAGAUGAGGGAGGCCUUCACCAUCCACCUGAAGCCUGACGAGAACAUGGUCGCCGAGACGCAGCUGAGCAAGGCCAUCAUCUACAUCGAGGAGACGAACAGCAUGGCCGACGUCACCUUCCCGUCCGUGCCCCGCGUGGUGUCGCUGCUGCACUACGACGACAUGGCGGCCAGGGCCCAGGAGGGCCUCCGGCCCCCGGCGGGGUACCCCGUCGUCUGCGUCACGGCGUGUAACCAGAAGUACUCGGACUAUGAGAAGACGGGCUCCAUCUGUGUGAGCGAGAGCAUCAAUGACACGCUGACGCGUUACCGCUGGCUGGUCAGCGCCCCCAAGGGUCCGGACGGGGUGGCCAGCCCCAUGCGCGAGGUGGACUUCGACACCUUCUUCACCUCCUCCAAGCUCAUCACGCUGGACUCGGUCUACUUCCAGGCCGGGUCGCGGGUCCAGUGUGCCGCCCGCGCCGUCAACACCAACGGGGACGAGGGCCUGGAGCUCAGCAGCCCCAUCGCCACCGUCAGCCUGGAGGAGGGAAUGUGCCAGCCCCGGAAGGUGGGCACGGUGGGGGCGGAGCCUUUCUCCGCCAAACUGCGCUACACGGGCGCUGACGACCCCGAACACGCCAACCUCAUCAAGCUGACGGUCACCAUGCCCCACAUGGACGGCAUGCUCCCGGUGAUCUCCACGCGGCCGCUGUCCAACUUCGAGCUGACGCUGAGCCCGGACGGCACGCGCGUGGGGAACCACCGCUGCUCCAACCUGCUGGACGCGGCCGAGGUGGGCACGCGGCACGGCUUCCUGACCGCCGCCACGCGGAACCCCGAGCUCAUCGGCGAGACCGCGCCCUACCAGUACAGCGCCCCCCUCAGGGGCGCCGGCACACUGCGCUUCUACCGCAACCUCAACCUGGAGGCCUGCCUGUGGGAGUUCCACAGCUACUACGACAUGUCCGAGCUGCUCACUGACUGCGGGGGGACCAUCGGCACCGACGGGCAGGUGCUGAACCUGGUCCAAUCGUACGUGACGCUGCGGGUGCCUCUGCACGUGUCAUACGUGUUCCACUCGCCCGUGGGCGCGGGCGGCUGGCAGCACUUCGACCUGCAGUCGGAGCUCCGGCUCACCUUCGUGUACGACACCGCCAUCUUGUGGAAGGAGGGGAUCAGCAGCCCUCCCCAGGCUGAGCUGCAAGGUGCCCUCUACCCCACCAGCAUGCGCAUCAACGAGCAGGGCCGCCUGGUGGUCAACUUCCGCACCGAGGCCCGCUUCCGGGGACUCUUUGUGACAUCACACUCCGCCUCGCCGCUGGCCUCCAUGAUCAUGUGUGCGGACCACCCUGGCCUGACCUUUAACCUGACCCUGGUGCGGACCGAGCCCACCUACAACCAGCCCCUGCAGCAGUGGACCUUCAUCUCCGACUUCGCCGUGCGGGACUACUCCGGGACCUACACGGUGAAGCUGGUCCCCUGCACGUCCAACCCCAACCAGGAGUACACCCUGCCCCCCGUCUGUAACCCUCGGGAACCCAUCACCUUCGACCUGGACAUCCGCUUCCAGCAGGUGAGCGACCCAGUGGCCGUGGAGUUCAGCCUGAACACACAGAUGUUCCUGUUGUCCAAGAAGGACCUGUGGCUGUCGGACGGAACCAUGGGCUUCGGACAGGAGAGCGACGCGGCCUUCUCGGAGGGCGACAUGAUCUACGGGCGUGUGAUGGUGGACCCUGUGCAGAACCUGGGCGACUCCUUCACCUGUAACAUCGAGAGGGUGUUCCUCUGCACGGGCGCCGACGGAUACGUCCCCAAAUACAACCCCGCCAAGUUCGAGUUCGGCUGCCUGGCCGACUCGCCCUCCCUGCUCUACAGGUUCAAGAUCAUCGACAAAGCCCAGCCCGAAACGCAGGCGAGGUAUUUCGGGAACACGGACUUCAGAGCCGUGCUGGCUGUGGACGACCCGGAAGCGCUUUCCCUGGUGAAGCAGCCGGGGUCAGACGGGUUCAGAGUGGACACCUCGGCCAUGUUCCAGGGUGCGGCCGGUCGGGAGUGGUACAUCCACACCAUCUACACGGUGCGCUCCAAGAGCAACGCUAACCGCGGCCUCCACAAGAGGAGCCUGGAAUACCACUCUGUCGGUCUGGUCCUGGGGGGCCACUCUGUGUCUGUGGGCAGCAGCCUGGUCCCAGGGGGCCACUCUGUGUCCGGGGGCAGCGGUCUGGUCCUGGGUAACCGUUCGCGGUCCAGACGGUCGGCCGCGGACCAGCCCGACGGGGUGGACCAGAUCGGCGCCGACAACAACCGCGGCACCAACAUCCUGCACAUCGCCCUGGACCGCACGCAGUCCAGCUACGCUCGCGGCCCAGCCUCAGACGCCCUGGCCCCCCAGGAGCUGACGGGGCCGGGGGCCGAGCAGGGCCUGGUGACCGCGGUGGGGGUCCUGGUGGGCCUCCUGCUGACGGUCGUGGUCGCGGUCGCGCUGGCCCUGCUGCUGCGGUCCCGGCAGAGGAACAAGGAGCAGGAGGCGGGGCCUAAAGCGCUGAGCAGCAGGGAGCCAAUGGUGACGCGGGGAGCCGAGACGAGUGACAGUUCGGAAGUCUGA